AUGCCUGCCUCUGUAACGACAUCCCUAGAGCCCACUUCAUCCUACGGAUACGAUUCCCUUCUCGGUACCAGCACGUCCUCUAGCGCAGCAGCUGCAGACACCGGCUCCAAAGAAUACCCCGUAUUCCCAAACGGCGCCUAUAUCUCCAGGUUCUACCUUGUCUCGUCCCAGGACUCUGGUCUAACCGACCUUGACAUUGAUCUCUACAAUGAAUGCUAUUUACCCUAUAACCCAUUGCCACACCACAAUUUCCGCAGGGAUGACUCGACUGAGACCGUCUCCCCCAAGCCUACCUAUUUGAUCAACGAGGCUCCGUGUAAGCGACAAGCAGCGAUUAAUUCUAAUUGCUACUUCCAAAACACAAAUGGAACAUUUUCGGGCCUCCAAAAGUAUUCAGGUGAUUGGGAUGUUCAACAGCAAUGUUAUUGUGACAUAUAUCCUUUCUUUGACUCGGCGGCCGGUUGUCAGGAGUGUUUCAGAAAGCAUGGAGGCAUUGAGGGCUACCACUGGUUCCCACAGAGUUACGUGAAGGAGGUCUCCAGCGCCUACUGUAGCGCCAAUCCUCAAACGACAGGGUUUUAUCCUUUCGCAAAUGCAUGGUCGAAGGCAUCGGCGACAAAUUUACCGAGUAGUACUGCUGUCGAUAGCUUGGGCACGCAGACAGCUGCUAGUCUUUACUACACAUAUGCUGCGGAACAGACAGGUACCGGUGCUAGUGGCACAGGCGAUAAAAGCAACUCUGCAGCAAGCACGCGCUUGAGCUUGAGGAGAGCCCUGGUGGCCGCUGUGCCACUGGGGCUCAUGUUGUUUCGAUGA